AUGAGUGACCCAAGCAUGCAGAUCUGGAACAACGCGGUCUUCGACGACGGCAGCUGCAGCGCCGGUGGGUCCGCGGCCAAGCGCUCCCCCGCCUGGUGCGCCUUCAGGCCCCUCUCCGCCAUUCCCCCUCCUGCAGAGCCCUUCACGCUCGCCGCCGGCAAGGAGAACCGCAGCCCUGGUUUUGCCUUCCUCGCCGGCGGCGCCCUCCCUCUCUCGGCGGCGAUUCCCCCGGACCAGUCGACGAUCGGGGUUGGCGGCACCGGAGCAGGGAGGAGCAUCGAGGAGGAGAUCGAGGAGGUUGAGAAGGAGAUCGAGCGUCUGCAGGCCAGGUUGCAGGAGCUGCGCCUCAAGAAGACAGAGAGGGAUUCUCGAUCCGCUUCACGGCGUGGAAGGAUCGUCCCCUCCAAGUUCUUGGAUUUGAAGCCGAGCCCGGCCAAGAAAUCGGAGGUGGUGGGGUCUCCUGCUGGCGGCGGGUACCGGCGGAGGAGCGCCAGCCUCGGGCCGCUGGAGAUCUGCGCCGCUACCAUCGGACUCCGGCGGGGGGAGGAGGUCCCGCCGCCGCCCAGUCUCACCCCACUCCGUUCAGCGCAGAGCAAACGGAAAUCCUGCUUCCAGAAGCUCCAAGACAUAGCGGAGGACGAAGGAGAGGUGGAGAAGAAGAUACCCUGCGGCUCCAUCGCCAAGGACCCCGCAUUGACGAUGGCGAACUCACCGGCAGGUCCGACGAAUGAAGAGUUCAGUAGGAAGGGGGUCAGCCUAGGGCCCUCUGUGAUCUCAGCCGCUUCCUCCGCCCUCCGCCGGGAAGAAAUCAAAGAAGCCCGCUGUCUCGGUAGAGGAGGAGGAGGACGGAGGAAGGAGAUCCAGCCGAAGAUGCUCUUCCACGAGACGAAGAAGCCCUUCAAGCGGGAGGCUGCGGCGGCGGCAGCGCCGCCGCCGCCGCCAUUGCGGGAGCCGAGGAAAUCUGCGCCGCCGCCCAAGAGGGCAUCGGAAACUCCCAAGGUGAGGACAGUAUCCAGCCGCUACAGUCUGAUCACCGUCAAGGUCGGCAGGAACCCUCCGGAGGGGAAGCGCCGGAAAUGGUCCCUCCCGACGGCGGCGGCAGCGGCGGUGGACAAGUUCAUGCCAUGGGAGGGACCCGAGAUGAUCGACGAGGAGGUGGCCCUCACGGAGGUCAACGCUGAAGGCUCCGGCAGAGCUGGAAUGAUCGGUCAACCGGCGGGACGACGAAACAACUUCCCUCGGGCGUCCUCUGCGUUGAGUGAAGAAGAAGACCUCAUGGACCUGGAAGAAGAUGACGAACAACAGUAA